AUAUAGAGCAAACUGAUCUUUUUUUCUUUUGUUUUUGAGAGAGAGAGAGAAAGAUUAGGGUUUUGGAAGACGAAGAGAGAGAAGAAAAAUGUCGGGAUGGGACGAAGGAGCGGUGUACUACAGCGACCAGGCGCAGUUCCCGGAGGCGGGGGAUGGGGUCGCCGGCGUCAGUCAACACACUGUCCUGACGAAGUUCAAGGAGUUUAUCAGGAACUUCGAGAUCGAACAGAACUGUUUCCCUUACAGAGAAGCUCUGCUCGACAACCCUAAGAAGCUUCUUGUCCACCUCGAAGAUCUACUCGCCUUCGAUUCCGAUCUACCGUCCUUGCUUCGAUCCGCUCCAGCCAAUUAUUUGCCUCUGUUUGAGACUGCAGCUGCAGAAGUGUUGGCUGGGUUAAGAAUGAGAGAAGCGGGAGAAACAGGAGAAAUGGUAGAGCCACAGUUAGGGGAUGUACAGAUUUUACUGACUUCGAAAGAGGACCCUGUCUCCAUACGCUCUCUUGGGGCUCAAUACAUCUCAAAAUUGGUGAAAAUAUCUGGCAUCAGCAUUGCAGCUUCAAGAGUAAAGGCAAAGGCCACUUAUGUGUUUUUAGUAUGUAAGAAUUGUAGAAAUACUAAAGAAGUUCCAUGUCGUCCUGGGCUUGGUGGGGCAAUUGUUCCUCGAUCAUGUGAUCAUAUUCCACAGCCUGGAGAAGAGCCAUGCCCUCUUGAUCCAUGGAUGGUGGUUCCUGAUCGGAGCCAGUAUGUAGAUCAACAGACCCUGAAACUACAGGAGAACCCAGAGGAUGUUCCUACUGGGGAGCUUCCCCGAAACAUGCUUCUUUCAGUUGAUCGUCACCUCGUCCAAACUAUUGUACCUGGAACAAGACUGACAGUAAUGGGUAUCUACAGUAUCUUCCAAGCUGCAAGUUCAUCUGCCUCUCACAAAGGAGCAGUUGCAGUUCGACAGCCUUAUAUCAGGAUUGUUGGAUUGGAAGAAACAUCUGAGGCCAGUUCCCGUGGUCCUGCUGUCUUCACUCCUGAGGAAGAGGAAGAAUUCAAAAAAUUUGCUGACAGUCAAGAUGUAUACAAGGCAAUUUGCUCCAAGAUUGCACCUUCAAUAUUCGGCCACGAAGAUGUGAAGAAAGCAGUAGCUUGUCUUCUCUUUGGAGGAUCUAGAAAGAAUCUGCCCGACGGAGUGAAACUAAGAGGUGAUAUCAAUGUUUUGCUACUGGGGGACCCAUCAACUGCGAAAUCACAGUUUCUCAAGUUUGUUGAAAAGACAGCUCCAAUAGCUGUUUAUACAUCUGGAAAGGGUUCAUCAGCUGCUGGUCUUACAGCUUCUGUAAUUCGAGACAGCAGCUCUCGUGAGUUCUAUCUUGAAGGGGGAGCUAUGGUUUUGGCUGAUGGAGGUGUUGUGUGUAUUGAUGAAUUUGAUAAAAUGAGACCUGAAGAUAGGGUUGCUAUUCAUGAAGCAAUGGAGCAGCAGACAAUAUCCAUAGCCAAAGCUGGAAUAACCACUGUUUUGAAUUCCAGAACAUCUGUGCUUGCAGCUGCAAACCCUCCUUCUGGUCGAUAUGAUGACCUUAAGACUGCGCAAGACAAUAUUGAUUUGCAGACAACAAUUCUUUCUAGAUUUGAUCUGAUCUUCAUUGUCAAGGACAUCAGGAAGUAUUCCCAAGACAAGGAAAUAGCCAGCCACAUCAUAAAGGUUCAUGCAUCUGCUGACAAAAUCUCGAGCGAUAAUGGAACAGCUCCUAAAGAAGAGAAUUGGCUCAAGAGGUAUAUCCAAUACUGUCGAACAAGGUGUCGCCCUCGUCUCUCUGAAGCUGCGGCUAUGAAGCUGCAGCAGCUGUAUGUCAAAAUCCGAGAGAGUAUGAAGAGAAGAGCACAUGAAACAGGAGAGGCUGCCCCAAUACCCAUCACAGUUAGACAACUGGAAGCUAUUGUCAGACUGAGUGAGGCUCUUGCAAAAAUGAGACUGUCUCAUGAUGCAAAUGAAGAUGAUGUUGAUGAAGCCUACAAACUGUUUGAUUCUUCGACGAUGGAUGCAGCAAGAUCCGGAAUAAACCAGCAGAUCAACAUCUCGGGCGAGAUGGCUAACGAGAUUAAGAAAGCUGAGACUCAGAUAAAGAGGAGAAUGGGGAUAGGGGCUCGGCUAUCAGAGAGAAGGCUUAUAGAGGAUCUGUCAAGAAUGGGGCUGAAUGAUUCUAUGGUGAGGAGAGCUCUUCUGAUAAUGCACCAAAGAGGUGAAGUUGAGUACCAGCGGGAGAGACGGUCCAUUGUCCGCAAAGCCUGAUUUUGUCUCCAUCUCCUUAAGAUAAUCUUUAAAGAGUGCUUGCUUUGUAAAAUGCUUUAUAUAUACACUAUACAUAUAUAUAUAUAUAUAUAUAUAUAUAUAUAUAUAUUAGUUUCUAGUCAAUUGCUUUUGUUA